CACCGGCAGCCGUCAGAGCGCAGCGGACUGCAGUCUCCAUCACACUCCACCGUGCGCUCCACCCCCCUUUGGCAGGUGGAAAGGACACACACGGGGCCGGGACAAUGGCUUUCAUCUCAGUCUUGGCGAUUUUGGCCCUAGUGGUUGCAGCUGAAGGGAGUGUUGGACCGAGUACCAACACCAGCUUCUGCACAGAGUCAAAGGAAUGUCUGGAGUAUGAGCUAGUCUGCAAAACAGACGAAUAUGAGGUGCGACACUACAGCCCCACUCGCUGGGUGUCGACAGACGCCGAGGCCUACUUCAUGGGAGUGGGUGCGGCCAUGGCCUUCAGGAGACUUUUCCAGUACAUCACCGGAGCCAACGAAGGAGGGAUCCAGAUGGAGAUGACCGCCCCUGUCCUGGUCAAGAUCCCGGAGGAGACCAAGAUGUGGGAGCCGGCCAUCUACACGCUGAACUUCCCGCUGCCGGCCGCCUAUCAGGACAAGCCGCCCGCACCCACCAAUGACAAGCUGUACUUCACUGAGAUGCCAGAGAUGGACGUGUAUGUGAGGAGUUACGGAGGCUGGAUGCUGUCGGUCACCUCCAGGCUCCACGCCCACCUGCUGACUAAAGAACUGGAGAGAGUUCGAGCCUCCUACAACCACAGUUACCACUACGGAGUUGGCUACGACAGUCCCUUGAAGCUGUUGAACAGGCACAAUGAGGUGUGGUAUGUGGCCGAGGGGGAGCCAGUCUGCUCAGAUCCAAAGGAGCCGACCCCUGCACACACACCCAGGCCGACUCUGACCAACUCACCCACGGACUCUCCGUCUGACCCUCUCCCACACACACUCUCUGAUUCACCCUCACGCACUCCCUCCAACUUGUCCUCGUACCCAACGUCCAACUCCUCCUCACCAGCGCCAUCUGACACACCCGCUCUCCCCCCAUCUAACGCUCCUCCCAGUCCUUCUUCCCACCUGCCUGCCGAAGUCACGUUCGGCCACCCUCCGACCUCCGCGCAGACCCCGCUGGACCCGACAACCAACUCCACCGAUCCCGUCUCUGUGAACCCGUCUCUGGAGCCCCGGUCCGACGCCGUCCCGUGGAACAGCACGGCCCACAGCUCCGUGGAUUCACAAGCUGACAGUAACCCUGUGGUCGAGCCAGACGACGCUCAUUAACAACCUUCACGUUUUCUUUAAGCAGCGAUUCCAGGCAUAUUAACAUGGGAUCCAAAUAGAAAGGAAACAGUGGAGGUGUGGCAGAAAGGCGAGUGAACGUGAGAGAUAGAUGGACACGCUGGUCUCUUCCCCCUUAUCUCUCUAUUUCCCAGUAUUACACCGACUCCUCCUUAUGGCACUUAGUGAUCCACUAUAUGUUCUGUCACAGCUUGGCACUUAUAUCAACAAACACAUGCGUGUACGCUUUGUUAUUCUGAGGUUCUCAUACAGCUGCAUUUAGAAUUAAAUAAGAUGUGUGUAUUAGUUAGAAAGUUAGAAUUCAAAGUUACUGUGUUAAAUCUAAAGGAGGCGAGAGAUGCCUUUUUCAACAUCAGUUUAACCCAAAAACUAAUUUAGUAACUAACAGGACUUCAGUGGAAACCUGUGGGUAAUUGAUAAAAUAAAAGGCUGGGAUUAACCACGGUAGGUCAUUAUAUCAGAGGAACACUUCAUUUUACUGUGGAAUGGAAUUUGAUGCUGUUAUUAUUACUCUUAUUAUUAUUAUUAUUAAUAAGCUUCUACUCUCUGUUUAGCUUCUUGUCAGUUACUUUCAUGAUUUGUGGAAACCUAUUGGUAAAUCAUUAUAAAUUCAGUAUGCACAUUCAUUGGGAUCUUUGGUGCAGCCUUAAACCUAAGUACUAAUACUGUAUGGCUCUAUUUAAUAUUGCAUU